UCUAGUCUGUAGUAAUUCUAUUAUUUUUUUAAAUAAUAUGAAGCUUUAUCGACGUGUUUCAUCAAAGCUUUGAUUUGUGUACGAAAAGAAAAUUUCUGAAGAGAAUCUAAAUUUAAAUAAUGAAAGUUCAGUUUUAUUUGAUUUGGGAUUUGCUAACCCUGCUGUAAAUGAUGAAUAAAAUUUAUCAUGUUUAUUUUAUUGGUGAUGUAUAUUUUUGAAAAGUAAACAAACUGUAAAUAUGAAUGUAUUAAGACACUUUCUUUUUGUUUUCAAGAUGCCUCAGUUGCCACCUGAGUCUACUAGCAUGAUGGCUUUAAAUCUUUUGCAACAACUUAGUAGUCUAGCACAUUUAGCAACCGCUUCCUAUGACACUCCAUCUUCUGCCGCUGAUGUGAACAGAAUGCAACAGCUGUGGGGAAUCGCUCUCCGUGCAUUGAAUACUGAUGUGAGUAUGGCAGCUAUCCAAUAUCUGAAGAACUAUUACAUUAAUGUUCAUCAUGGGACACUUGAAAGACAAGAAGAAUUCAUUCAACAUUGUAUGGAUAAUCUAAUGAAGGCAUCUGAACAAACUAAAGAAGUAAUGUAUUUUUAAAAAAUAUUUUUUUCCUUUGUCCACGUCACUGAACCAUAGUCAAGCACAG